ACCCAUUUUCUCUCUUUCUCUUUUUCUUUCUGUACAAGAACACAAAAAAAAAACCCCGAAGGAAGAGGAGGAAGAAGAAGAUUGGUCACAUAUUUUCUUAAUUAAUCAAAUAUUUUAGGUAUUUUCUAAUUUCUUAAUUUCUCUCCUUAAUUUAUGUGUAUUCAAUCUAAUUUGACCCGGUUUCGAUGUUGUCGAAUUUUGGGUCGGGAAUGAUGCCCAUCAAUUAUGGUUAAUCUUUUAUUUCGAUAAUUGAACCCAACUACAUGUGUAUUUCGACCCGGUUAAAGAGAGUUGAACACGAAAUUGACGAAUUUUGUUUAAAACUCACCCCACUUUAUGUUGGAAACACAUUAUUUGCAGUUUUUGGUCAUUUCGUAUUAUUGUCGGUUUUUAGUAAUUGGUGGAUUAUUUGGGGUAUUUGGGAAAUAAACAGGGAGUCAAUUGUUACGUUUUAUUAUUUGGGUAGAAGAUAGGAAUUAUGCAGACUAUAUAAUCUGUAGUAGUGGUCUUAUUUUUCAUUAAGCAAUUACAGAACAAAAACCUAAAGCCUAAUCUCUCUCUCUCCCUCUCUCCUACGUCUUUCUCCUCUCCCUCUCCUCUUCCAAAGCUGCGGCAGCAGCAAGCUUUCUUCCCCCUUCCCUUUGUUCUAAAAUUCACAAUUCCAAUCCCUAGCUAGGUCAAUUCCCAGUUGAUCUAGCUAAAUUCCCUAAUCCCGAACCGUUAGAAACCUUGUUUCUAACAUCUGGUAUCAGAGCCCGGUUCGAGAGUGAGUUCUUUUGAGCUUUUGAACCAGGGCAAGCAACGAAAGAGGUCCCGGAAUUGGACCGAAUCCGGAAGAGGGCCGAUGAGGAGGGGCGCGGCCAGGGGGUCGGACCGACCGCCCGGGUGUGGGCCGUGCCGAGGAGGUUUGUCCGGGCCGGGCCGAACCGGGUUGGGUCGACCAGAGUGGGUUGGACCGGGUGGAGUCGAACCGGGUCGGACCUGUUCCUGGGCGGAUUAGGCGAUCGGGAGUCUGGCAUCAGGAGAGAUCUCGGCAGGGGUUCGGGACCAUCUUACCUGCCAGUUCAGGGUCCCCGUUCACCGGCAGAGUAGUGGGAUGCUAGUCAGACACGGAAGGCGAGUCUGGACAAGUAUGCGGAGUACCCGUUCGAGGAGGAAGAGGAGUGGGGCAGAAGCAGAGGGCCGCCAGGACCGCGGGGCUAUCAUGACCGAGUGUCGGGGUACGAUAGGUAUGACAGCUAUCCUCACGGCUAUGAUGGCGAUAUGGUGUUUAGGGCCAAACCCCCUACCAUUGAGUUUCCAAAAUUCAAUGGUCAGGAGGAUGUAGGUCUAUGGUUGUAUGCAGCUGACAGGUGGUUCAAGAAUCACCCCACCAAGGAAGAAAGGAAGGCUCACCUGACGUCCUUCUACCUAGAGGGAGACGCGUUACAGUGGUGGGAGUGGCUAGAGCGAUCAUGCGCAGCUGCGCAGACCUUGAUCACCUGGCCCUUGUUCAAGGAAGAGCUGCGGUACCAGUUUGGAAAAUCAGAAGGGUGGGCACCGGAGCAACUAGCUAAGUUGCGCCAAACUGGGACAGUAGCGGAGUACAAGGCGGAGUUCUUCAAGCUGGGCAAUCAAUGCAAGGGAGUGCCGGAGGAGAACCUGGUUGGGUUGUGCAUGGCUGGCCUAAAGCCGGAGAUAGCCGCGGCGGUUAAGGUUUUCGAGCCCGACUCGCUGCGGUCUGCUUUUCGUCUUGCAGGUUAUAAGGAGGAGAAGCUGACCAGCUGGAGGAGCACGAUUGGGCGGUUCCCAAAGGCAAGUGGGAGUGGAGGAGGUGGCGUUGGAUCAGGCGGAGGGGGGGGGGGGGGAGGGCGAGUGCGGCCACUGGCACCGGGCUGUCGCCAGCUGGCGCAGCCAUCUCGAGUAGGCAAGCAAGCACCUAGGCCACCCCCAAAAGGGUUCGUGAGGCUCUCACCACAGGAGAUCGAGCAGAAGAGAAGGGAGGGCAAGUGUUUCAAUUGCGACGAAAGGUUCACCGUGGGACACAAGUGCACCAAGCCCGAAUUGAUGAUGCUGGUGGGACGUUGGGAAGAUGAAGCAGAGGAGGAAGCAGCCGAAGAAGGACCGCCAGAGUUGGAGUAGGACCCAAAACCUUGAGGACAAGGUUGUUUCUGAAGAAGGCGGGGAUGUUGGAAACACAUUAUUUGCAGUUUUUGGUCAUUUCGUAUUAUUGCCGGUUUUUAGUAAUUGAGAGAUUAUUUGGGAAAUAAACAGGGAGUCAAUUGUUACGUUUUAUUAUUUGGGUAGAAGAUAGGAAUUAUGCAGACUAUAUAAUCUGUAGUAGUGGUCUUAUUUUUCAUUAAGCAAUUGCAGAACAAAAACCUAAAGCCUAAUCUCUCUCUCUCUCUCCCUCUCUCUUGCGUCUUUCUCCUCUCCCUCCCCUCUUCCAAAGCUGCGGCAGCAGCAAGCUUUCUUCCCCUUCCCUUUGUUCUAAAAUUCCCAAUUCCAAUCCCUAGCUAGGUCAAUUCCCAGUUGAUCUAGCUAAAUUUCACAAUCCCGAACACGUUAGAAACCUUGUUUCUAACACUUUAUCAAGCAGGUCAGAGCGAGUUGAAUCCAGCGCUGAAUAGUUUUUGGCCGAGGAUGGGUUUCACCCACGUUUGUAAUUGACGGGUUGGGUCAGAUGAUGUCCCAUCAGCUAUAGUUUAUCUAUUAUUUCGAUAAUUGAACCCAACUACAUGUGUAUUUUACCCCGAUAGCGAGUUUAACACGAAUUGACGCAUAUUUGGUAGAGAACAAAUUGAUGUGAACAUUACCUGCCGUCAAGAAAAAUUAGAACAUUUU